UCGCUUCCGAGUACAGACGCCUGGGUCACCAUGGCUGGCCCCGGCUCCAGUUCGGCGAUCCCCGUGUGGCUGACGGAGGAGGACCUGAACUGCAUCAUCUGCCAAGGGCUGCUGACCUCGCCCGCCACGCUGCAGUGCGGCCACAGCUUCUGCUGCGAGUGCUUGAGGAGAGCGUGGGGCGCGCGGGGCACCGGGGUCGCCAGCCACCCCUGGGCCUGCCCCACCUGCCUCGAGGGCGCGGCGCUGCCGCCGAAGCUGCGAAAGAACACGCUACUGCAGUACCUGGCGGACAAGUUCAGCCGGGCGCAGAACGAGCUGGAGGUCGGCCCGGAGCGGGUCCCGAGCCCGGUCCAAGGGCCCGAGCACCGCCCGGCACAGCCGCGGGCGACAGUACCGGAAAACAUCACAGAAGUCGUCCAGAAGCUGACGGACCUGGUGGGACAGCUGGUGGACAUUGUCAAGAGACUCCAGAGGCAGACACCUCUCUCAGAAUCUGGACAAGACAACGAAGUAAACAUUGCCUUGUCUUCCGGGGAGGACCGUGGCUUGACUUCUUUAAACCUAGAAACUUCCAACACAUCAGAAGGGAGGAUGGGAGAGAUUCUCCAUGAUCUAGAAGAAAUUCAGAAAAACUUACAAGAAAACUUCACAUGGAAAGCGGCUCCCGAAGAGCAGACCCAGGUGGAAUUCCCGAAAGCUCUGUCUUCCUCCUCAUUGCCUGACCAGAGCUGCCCUCAACCUAGGAGGACCUCUCGUUUUGCUCAGUGGAUCAUCAAUCCAACCUUUGACUUGGGAAGCCUUUCCUGUAUCCUGAAGGUAUCAGAGGAUUGCCGGACAGUGACUGUGUCUCAAUUCCGGCAGCCCUAUCCUUGGAGUCAAGAGAGGUUUUCAACCAGCCAGGUCUUAUGUUCCCAGGCCCUGUCUUCUGGGCGGCAUUACUGGGAAGUGGACACGAAGUGCUGCAAUAACUGGGCAGUUGGAGUGGCCUCUUGGGGCAUGAGCCGAGACCGGAUGCUGGGAAGGACUGCAGACUCUUGGUGCAUAGAGUGGAAGGGAACUGGCCAGCUGUCUGCAUGGACCAUGGUCAAAGAAACUGUCCUUGGCUCAGACAGACCUGGGGUGGUGGGCAUCUGGCUGGACCUGGAGGAGAGGAAGCUUGCCUUCUAUUCAGUGGCCAGUCAGGAGAAGCUUCUGUAUGAGUGUGAGAUGGCGGCCUCCUCUCCUCUGCACCCUGCCUUCUGGCUCUAUGGCCUAACUCCUGGAAACUCCCUGAUCAUAAAUCAAGUACGAGUAUAAAGCUUCCUCAGGGGUUAAAACACAGUGGUCUCCUGGCCUCUCUCUCUGCCUUCAAGCAGGUGGCAACUCAACUUAAGAAUCCCACUUUUGAAGUUCAUCCUUUUGUGUGGUACAGGAUUAACAAAGCAGGCUUGAAGUUCUUGAACCCUGCACAUUUCAAAGAAAGGACUGGCCUCUGACAGACUCAAGAGAGGGGACCUAUAAGCCCUUCACAUAUCUUGCCUGGCAUGAGUGGCUUGGUUUAAGUGGGGGCUUUGGGCCAUGCAGUAUCACCUUGACCUCUGCACGGGCUAGAGAUUAAGUCAGCCAUGUGGGCAGUGAGGCAUGCCUAUGUGACAGAUCCCCAAUAAAAGCAUUGAAUACUGCG